AAUGUGAGCUGAUCUUUGGGCGGAAGUGUGGCAUAUUGACAUCUGAAUCCGAUGCUUGUGUCUGCCAGGAAGGGUGGAGGAUACGGUUCUAUAUUCAUUCGUCUUUUCGGAUUUCUUUCGGUGAUUUAAUAAACAGCAUGAUUCCUAACGAGGACAGCUCCGCUAGGAAGCGGGAAAUCGAGCAGAAGCUCAAGCAGGAGGAGGAAAUGCUGACAUUCAUCAAAGAGAGUCUAGACAAAAGUGAUCAACUAACCAACAAUAUGGUGUCCAUUCUUUCUUCCUUCGAGAGCCGCCUUAUGAAGUUGGAAAAUUCCAUUAUCCCAGUGCACAAGCAGACAGAGACCCUGCAGCGGCUGCAGGAAAAUGUGGAGAGCACUCUAUCCUGUCUAGACCAUGUCAUUAGUUACUAUCACGUAGCCACAGAGACUGAGAAGGUCAUCAGGGAAGGGCCCUCAGGACGGCUGGAGGAAUACUUGAGCUGUAUUGCCAAGAUUCAGAAGGCGGUAGAAUACUUUCAAGAUAACAAUCCAGACAGUCCUGAGCUAAAUAGAGUGAAAUCACUAUUUGAAAAGGGAAAAGAGUCGCUGGAUGCGGAGUUCCGCAACCUACUGCAGAGACACAGUAAGCCAGUUCCUCCUAUUCUCAUCUUGGACUUGAUUGGUACAGACGAAGAGAUAGAAGGACAGGAGGAAGGGAUACUGGACCAUCUCCCGGAGGGAAUCUUACAGGAUAUUAUACGCAUCUCACAGUGGUUGGUGGAGUUUGGCAGGAACCAAGACUUCAUGAAUGUGUACUACCAGAUUCGCUCCAGUCAGCUAGACCGCUCUAUUAAAGGACUGAAGGAACAUUUUCGAAAGAGCAGCUCAUCCAGCGUGGUCCCUUAUUCACCUGCUGUUCAAAACAAAAGGAAGGAUACGCCAACCAAGAAGCCAGCCAAGAGACCAGUCUUCCUGCCAGGCACUAUCCGAAAGGCUCAGAAUCUUCUCAAACAGUACUCACAACACGGGCUUGAUGGGAAAAAGGGAGGGUCCAGCCUCGGAGUUCUUGAAGGAAAGGAGGAUGUGCUGGAUCUUGAGACUGAUACAUACAUUUACUGUGUAAGUGCCUUUGUGCACCUUGCACAGAGCGAGUACCGAUUACUUAUGGACAUCAUUCCUGAACACCACCAGAAGAAGACCUUUGAUUCUCUAAUUCAGGAGACCUUGGAUAACCUUAUUCUAGAGGGAGAGAACAUUGUCUUGGCUGCCAAGAAGGCCAACUCCCGGCAUGAUUUUACCUCUGUUCUCAGUAUCUUCCCCAUAUUACGGCACCUCAAACUUACCAAACCUGAGUUUGACAAAGUUCUUCAGGGCACUGCUGCGAGCACCAAGAACAAGCUGCCAAACCUUAUAACCUCUAUAGAGACAACAGGAGCCAAAGCCUUAGAGGAUUUUGCAGACAGUAUUAAGAAUGACCCUGAUAAGGAGAACAGCAUGUCCAAGGAUGGUACAGUACAUGAAUUGACCAGCAAUGCAAUCCUGUUCCUGCAACAGCUGUUGGAAUUCCAGGAGACUGCAGGAGCCAUGCUGGCCUCACAAGUUCUUGGGGACACUUACAAUAUACCUAUCGAUCCCAGAGAGACAAGCUCCACGGCCAGUAGCAACAUCUCUGAAUUCAGCAGGCGCCUACUCAGUACUUAUAUAUGCAAAGUUCUUGGUUACUUGCAGCUGAAACUUCUGUCCAAGUCUAAGAUGUAUGAGGACCUGGCACUGGGAGCCAUAUUUCUGCACAACAACUAUAACUAUAUCCUGAAGUCACUGGAGAAGUCAGAACUUAUGCAGGUGGUCUCUGUGACCCAGAAGAACCCUGACAGUGUGUAUCGUGACCACAUAGAAAAACAGAUCAAGACAUACCAGCAAAGCUGGCUUAAAGUGACGGAAUAUGUCAAUGACAGGAAUAUGCCAGCAUUCCAAGGAACAAAGCUGAAGGACAAGGAGCGGCAGAUGAUUAAAGAACGCUUUAAGGGUUUUAAUGAAGGUCUGGAAGAGAUCUGCAAAAUCCAGAAGUCAUGGGCUAUUCCAGACAAAAAACAGCGUGAGCGGAUACGUCAGGCUCAGAAGAAUAUUGUGCAGGAGGCAUAUGGCGCAUUUUUACACAAGUACGGCACUGGUGUAAACUUCACAAAGAACCCAGAUAAAUAUAUUAAAUACUCAGUGGAACAUGUUGGGGAGAUGAUCGAGAGGCUCUUUGACACAUCUGCAUGAAAGACUCCUAUUUAAGCCUGUAUAUAUUUGUUAUACAUAUAUGCCAUACUACUGUACAUACUCAAUAAAAAGCAAUACCUGGACUUGA